GCGUUGUGGUGCGGUCUCCUUUCAGGGCAAUGAUGGCAGCCUCGUUCUGAGACAACCGAAGCCGAAUCCUGUUUACCGCCAUCUUGGUUUAUGUUGUUGCACUGAAAGUACCGCCAAAUGCCGCGCGGAAGACCACCAAAAAUACGUCCAGCCGCCGCUCCAACCCAAGGAGAUGGGGACACCGCAGUGUUGGGGCCUCCCACCAGCGGAGAACAACCACCCCACAAAUGCGAGGUGUGCGGCAGGGAGUUCACCAAGUGGGCGCCGUACCAGCGCCACCUGCGGGAGCACGCGGACGACAAGCCGUUCCGCUGCACCGAGUGCUCGCUGUCGUUCAACGUGGAGUACAACCUGAUGCUGCACGCGGCCAUCCACAACACGGACACCCCCACCUGCCCUGACUGUGGGAAGAAGUUCUCCCGCGUGGCCAGUCUCAAGUCUCACAUCAUGCUGCAUGAGAAGGAAGAGACACUAAUCUGCCAGGAGUGUGGUGAGGAGUUCAGCCUGCAGAGUCAGUUAGACCGGCACAUGCAGGACCAUACAGACGAAGCCUCCGGGCCGAGGAACUUCCCCUGUAAGGUCUGCACCAAGGACUUUGACUCUGCAUCCUCCCUGCAGAACCACAUGAGACAACACUACAAGGCCAAGACUACACUAUUGACGCCGCGGAAUCACCGGAAAAACCUGGACCGCUCAUCCUUCAUCAAUAAAUGUGACUCCUGUGGCAAAACCUUCCAGAAACCCAGCCAACUGGAGCGUCAUAACAGAAUUCACACAGGUGACCGACCUUACAAGUGUCCAGAGUGUCCUAAAGCCUUCAACCAGAAGGGGGCGCUGCAGAUCCACUUGAUCAGACACACCGGGGACAAGCCUCACCAGUGCCAUCUCUGUCAGCAGGGUUUCUCACAGAAGGGUAACCUGCGUGCCCACAUUCUGCGUGUCCACACGGUCCCUGAAGACGAGAACACGCCCCGCUACCCCUGCGAGGAGUGCACCUGUCUGUUCAAGAAGCUGGGCAGCCUCAACGCACACAUCAGCCGUGUGCAUUCCGACCAAGGCCCUCCCACACAGGUCCCACCUAAGCAUCCCACGGCCUCCAGUACAGAGACCAUACAGAGCCAGACGGUGACCCCGGGUCAGUCCCUCACACCUGCAGCAGAUGCCAUGCAGCAGCUGCUGGAUCUGUCUGAACAGCAUGGCGGUGUGAUGACGCAGCAGCAGCUGCAGCAGAUUGCAGGGGAGGGAGCCAUCAGCUCCGACAUUCUGCAGCAGGCUCUUGAGAACAGUGGUUUGACUGCUGUUCCACUGGAUGGCCAGGCAGCGCAGCACCCGGUGCACCCAGUGGUCACCAUCUCCACCCAGACUAGGACAGGGGACACCAUGAACGACACUCCAGGAGAAACCAGAGAGACAACCACACAGGUGCAGUUAGUGACAGGGCAGAAGCAGCGGACAAUCCGCUUGCACCUCUGCACCUACUGCAACAAGGAGUUCCGCAAGCCCAGCGACCUGGUGCGCCACAUCCGCAUCCACACCCACGAGAAGCCGUACAAGUGCAGUCAGUGCUUCCGGGCCUUCGCCGUGAAGAGCACGCUCACCGCGCACAUGAAGACGCACUCGGGCGUCAAGGAGUUCAAGUGCCACGUGUGCGAGAAGAUGUUCUCUACUCAAGGAAGUCUGAAGGUACAUUUGCGGCUUCACACGGGUGCCAAGCCCUUCGACUGCCCACACUGCGACAAGCGAUUCCGCACGUCGGGCCACCGUAAGACCCACAUCGCCUCCCACUUCAAGGAGCCUCAGCAGAGGAAGAGCAGGAAGAUGUCCAAGCCUCGCCUCAGCAAGUCCAACAUCCAGCUACAGGACAUCCCCCUACAAGAGCCCAUCCUCAUCACUGAUACAGGGUAUAUACAACAACCUCCAAGGAACAGUUCCAGUUUCAACCAGUUCCUACCCAACGGAAACAACCAGUUCAUCUCGCAGGGCAGCAGCGUGGACCGCCCGUACAAGUGUGGCUUCUGCAACAAGGGGUUCAAGAAGUCCUCCCACCUCAAGCAGCACACGCGCUCCCACACCGGCGAGAAGCCCUUCAAAUGCCUGCAGUGCGGGAAGUCGUUCGUGUCGUCGGGCGUGCUGAAGGCGCACAUCCGGACCCACUCCGGUAUCAAGGCGUACAAGUGUCUGAUCUGCGACGCGCUGUUCACCACCAACGGCAGCCUGAAGCGGCACAUGUCCACCCACAGUGAGGUCCGCCCCUUCAUGUGCCCGUACUGCCAAAAGACGUUCAAGACAUCCGUCAACUGUAAGAAGCACAUGCGGACGCACCGCGCCGAGCUGGCUGCCCAAGCGCUGUCCCAGGCUGCAGCUGCUGUCGCCGGGGAGGGCGAUGACAGCGAGGAACAGCAGGAACAGCACGCACAGCAGCAGCAACAGCAAGGCACCAGCCAGGACACCCAGACACUGGACAUGGGCAUGAGUGACCAGCAGCUGCUGAGCCUGGGGCUUGACCAGCAGGACCUGGCGGGGACAGCUGGACAGGGACAGAGUGUACAGGACUUACUGUCAGGAGCACAGGGCCAGGACAGCCUGACUCAGGACCAGCACCUGAACCAGUUUGGACAGCAGGGCUUCCAGACAGCCACCAGCUUCAGUGGGACAGGCAGCAUCAACCAGGACUCCACCUUCGCUACUGUACAACAGCUGCAGCAGCAGCUAGACGCUGCCACGCAGAUGCAGAACUACCAGCUGACCCCUCAGCCAUGGCAGCAGACCAGCCAGCAGCAGGACAGUGGCGGGAUCCCGCGGGACCUGAUGCGCCAGGCCAUGGUGCAGCAGGAGACGGAGGACGGGCGACGCGUCUACAAGUGUCCCUACUGCGACAAGUCCUUCAAGAAGUCCUCCCACCUCAAGCAGCAUGUACGCUCCCACACGGGGGAGAAGCCUUACAAGUGCCAACAGUGUGGAAGGUGCUUUGUGUCCAGUGGAGUGCUAAAGGCUCACCUGCGGACCCACUCCGGGAUCAAGGCCUUCAACUGCCACAUCUGUGACGCCCGCUUCACCACCAACGGCUCCCUCACCCGUCACAUGAUCAUCCACAGCUCCAUCCGCCCCUUCAAGUGCCCGUACUGUCCCGACACCUUCCGCACCACCCUGCACUGCAAGCGCCACAUGAAGCUCCACUGCGACAAGCAAACGGAGAAAGAACGGCCGGUCGUACGGCGACCGCGCUCCAACAUCAUCCAACUCCCCGCCGAGGAAGCCGACCAGCUGGCGAAAUCGCAGCCCGAACAAGCUCGCUCUGUCUCUGAAAAAGUCCUAAUCGCAUCGGCUGCCGAGCGUAGCCGAGUUAGCGAGAUGGUGGUGGACAAAGAGGAGCUGUACAGAGAGGAACCAAAGUUUCCCAACCAGUGCAAGCACUGUCCCAAGAGCUUCAAGAAGCCCAGUGAUCUGGUCCGACAUGUUCGAAUUCACACGGGAGAAAAACCCUUCCAGUGUGACGAGUGUGGGAAGCGGUUCACAGUCAAGUCGACUCUAGAUUGCCACGUCAAGACUCACACCGGGUCUAAGAACUUCAAGUGCCACGUGUGCUCCUCACCAUUCUCCACCAAGGGGAGCCUCAAGGUCCACAUGAGACUCCACACGGGUGCCAAGCCCUUCAAGUGCCCACACUGUGACCAGCGGUUCCGCACGUCCGGCCACAGGAAGAACCACAUCACCUCCCACUUCAAGCCCAGCACGCCCAAGAAGAGGAAACCAACGCCUCGCCAGGCCGAGCUGCUGCAACCAAUCAACCUUCUCACUACCGGUGAUCCGAACACCUUGACCGGCCAGACGGUUCUGACCGGUCCGCUGACCGCCCUUGACCAGAACCUGCUGUCCCAAGGUCAGACGACCCUGCUGCCCAUCAGCAGCGGCAGCCUGGACAGCUUUGUGAACGCGUCGGAGAGUGGUGUGGUGACGGGGAUCCUGCAGGGGCUGGAGGGCAUGCAGCUCACCUUCACUACCGUUAAUGUUGGGCAGGGGGCUGUACAGGUCGCCUCCAUUGAUCCGAACCUGCUGCAGACUGUGCAGAUUGACCCCAGUCUGCUGCAGCAGUCCCUACAGCAGGGCUCGGUGGGCACCAGCGUCGUCACGCAGACACUCACCAACACGGACGGCAGCCUGGUGCAGGUGGAGCAGCCUAUCCACACCACCCUGGGCACCACCGAGCCUGGGUCGGCCAUACAGACCUCUCCUGGAGCUGCUAUCACAGGUACUGUAGCAACCUCUCUUCAGGCAGGCAACACCCAACUGACACCGUCAGAUGCAACAAGCACAGCUGGGCUCACCAUGGCAACACACGUCCAAUCAGGGGCCUCGUCUCAGGGGGAUGACGACAGCACCCGGACCCCUCACCAACAGGCCGUGGGAUUCGCUAACACCUCCCAGGGGGGUGGGAUCGUAGCGUUCACCAUCCAGGGGGGAGUCCACCCCACCACGAGCAUCGGGGAGGAGUUGACGAUUCGCCCGCAGCCAUCCAGUAGUGUGGCGUCCUCCGCACAGGAACAACAAGGCAUCAUGGUCGCUUCCAACAGCGCUUCAAAUUCGUUAGCCGCAGUAACCUUCCUCCCAGCCACCAUCCAAGCCGGGUCCAUGUCAUCCCAGGUUAUGGCGAGCUCUGCGCAGGCGCUGCAGUUAGGGGAGGACGGACAGGGGGUGAUGGUGUCAGCAGACGGCGGGCCCGCGGGUAUACAGACCGUCAGGGAUACGGUGGUCCCGGGGACGGGGGUGCUGGUGGAGCCGAGCGUCUCCGUCACCAACACCAUCUCCUCCGUCCUCGUGUCCCAGGAGUCCAUCCCGGGCAACCCCGCCGAUCUGACGGAAAUCACCGCGUACGAGAUCCCCGCCAUCCAGGAACAGGACGGGGCGGGGAACGGCGGCGCCCAGCCGGACAAGACGUCGGAGACCGGGCAGAUCUACGUGUGCCAGGACUGCGGGCAGUCCUUCACGCAGUCGCCGCAGUGGAAACGUCACCAGCGAGAGCAGCACAGCCCGUCACGAAACCACAUCUGCCCAACCUGCAACAAGGCCUUUAAACGCUCCUACCAUCUCAAGGAGCAUAUGCAGACCCAUGAGGCCAGCAGUCCUGACAAGUCCAAGAAGCCGGCACCCUUCACGUGUCCGACCUGCGGGAAGUCCUUCCACCGUCCCAGCCAGCUGGAGAGACAUGUGAGGAUCCACACAGGCGAUCGACCCUUCGAGUGUCCGGAGUGCAGCAAGACGUUUAACCAGUCCAACGCCCUACAGAUGCACAUGUACUUGCACAGAAACGAGAAACCCUACAGCUGCCAGUAUUGCAACAAGCCGUACGGGCAAAAGGGGAACCUCAAGGUCCACAUCGCUCGCGUCCACGCGGGGGAGGUGGAGCAGGAGAGGGAACAGCAGGGCAACAGUGCCGCCCAGUCGGGGAGUGAGGACGCUGGGGGAGACAGCCAAGGGAUCACUAUGGAAGUCAUUGACACAGAUGUGUUUCUACAACAGUAGUGUGGAGCAUUAACAUAACCGCUACAUUAUACAACUCCAGUAUUGUUUCAGUUUUAGAACGAUAAAACUUUAAAAGAUUUCAGGUGGCCGUACUUACCAAUUGGCAGUAGGGUACAAAAAUGGCAUAUCGGACUAAAAUAGUUAAGCAUGGUUACUACAAGACGAUAAAUAUCUUUGAACCCCAUGUUUCAGUGACGUAGAAAUUUCAUGCAUGCCAAUAGUGUGAGAAAAAAUAGGCCCUAAUGUACACAAUACUCAGAAACAGUGCAUAUGUCUGUGUACGGGGAUUUUGACUGAUGAUUUUGCAUCAAAAUGUUGGCUUUAUUUUUAUAUAACAAUAAAUGAUAUGUCGAUAUUAGGUCCUUUUCAUGUGUU